AUGUCGACCGCCAAACGUACACCGUCCCGACCCACACAUCAUGCCAACAAUAAUGGUACUCGAUUCAUCAACUGCUGGCCAUCUGCAGGUGUGCCAACAUGGGCGGAGCUCUUACGAGCCUCACUUCCAUUUGGAAGAUAUGAACUCGACCUGCACAAGCACCGCAGAGCACGUGAUGUCAAAGUAAUCCAGCCGGACCGGGGCGUGGCCGGUUUGAAAAACCGAAACUUGGACAAAGCAAAUUCUAUCAUCGGCACAUGGCCGGGUCAUGCUGGCGCAAUGGUCGAGGUGCCAUCUCUACAGCAAGCGGAAGACAAGAGCCUAUGGCUCCUUUUCGACCCAAUUUUCUCGAUGAGAGCGGGUCCAUCACCGUACAGUGGCGUCACCAGGAUGAAGAAGAGUCCAUGCCAGGUUGACGAUAUACCUGGCUGCGACGCUGUGUUCAUCUCGCACAACCACUACGACCAUCUAGACUGGCCGACCAUACAGGCUAUAUCCAAGAAGUUUCCAAACACGAAGUAUUUCGUCCCACUGGGCAACAAGCAUUGGAUGUCUUCUUCAGGUCUACCAGAUAAACAGAUCUAUGAACUGGACUGGUGGAAUGAUCGAGAACUCCGCUCAUUGGAUUUUGACCAACGGGCCAGCGACACCUCAGAAAUGGAGUCUAUCAUGAAAAUCACAUGUGUCCCUGCCCAGCACAAUUCUGGGAGAGGAAUAAUCGACCAGGGAAGUACGCUGUGGUGUGGGUGGGUAGCUGAGAGAUUUCUCUGCUCCAGAGAUGAGUCGGCCGAGUCCAAAGUUACGAGGAGAGGAGCCAUAUAUCACGCCGGAGACACGGGAUACAGAAGGAUAACCAAAUCCGAAGUCGUGUGUCCCGCUUUCAACGAGAUCGGAGAGAGAUUUGGCCCAUUUGACCUAUCAUUCGUGCCGAUAUGGCGGGGAGGCAGUCUGGGGUUCAUUUCCUAUCUCGGGCUGCGCUUGUCGCAUGAUGACAUUCCCUCGGCGUUUCAUGGCUCUCCUACAGAUGCAGUGGCCAUACAUCGGGAUGUGAAGUCGAAGAACACGGUCGGCAUACACUUUGGGACGUUUAUCGGGUCAGAGAAUGAAUCACACGAAGCGGUGAUUGAGUUCGGUCAAGCGUGCGAUCUUCAGGGUGUUGGAAGCCUGAACGAUGAAAAGAAGAAUGAGAAGGGUCGCGCCGGUACGCUUGAUAUUGGGGAGAGCCUCGCUAUCGAGAUCGUGUAA